ACCGCCACCACGCGUACCGACUACCACUGUUUGUCUCCUCUCAUCCUUCUUACUCCGCCCUUGUCAGGUCCUAUCAUCUGUGAUUGAUUUCAAUUUCAUAAUCGCCCCCCGUUGUUCCAGCCUUGAAGGGUUGUUUUUGUCUGGUUUCCGGGAUUCUUUCAGAAGUCUGUCCGAUUUUCCUCUUCGGGGAACUUUUGUUGUUUGAUACUCUUGGGACCCCAACUCGCUCGCUCCUUGAUUCCGUUAAAGACCCUCUCGAAACUCGCGAAACUGCCCCUCGUAUGGAAGCCAACGCUCCGGAUGCUGUAGCUGUGUCCGAAAGGGCCUGUCAUUCCUGCAGACAGCGUCGGGUCAAGUGCGACAAAAGAAUCCCUGGCUGUCUACGAUGCGAAAAGCUAGGUAGACCGUGUACUGGCUAUGACACCGAACGCAAGUUCCUCGAUGAAGGUGUCAAGGUCCGAAGGAAGUAUGACGGAAAUUUCCAAACGCUGCCGGACCACUCUAGAAGACCCGUCACUUCUCCGCCCACAAAUACUGUAGCCCCGAGUACACGACAGGAACAACCUCCGAGGAAUAGUCCAUCUCAGUACCAGGGACUUCCUGUCCAGAGCCAUACCAAAACCAUCCCGGAUGCCAUUUCACCACCAACCUCAUCCCCUCUCACGUUACCGGGCAUAGCGUCUCUGAGUCCAAGACCAUCGGUACCAGACAUCCAAUACCCUCUUUUCGGCGUCAACCAGCCAAACAGUCCCGGGUACAAUAUAUUCCAGGGCCAACAACCUCAACCUUUCUUUUCGUCUUCAAUCUCCCAACCAUCAGCCAAUAUACCUUCUCAUGUCCAAUUUGCCGCCCAGCAUACCCCGCAUCAGCCCGACCAAUUCCAGUACGGUCUGGAACAAGGGACGGCCAAGCUCUUGCGCGGCAAGCCACAGUAUGCGCCAUCAGAGACCGACACGUAUGUCAGCGAGGACUACUUCGAUCUAGACAUUGACGCGUAUUACGCCAACGGCAACAAUGCUUGUGGGUUUAUCCCCGGGCUGCCGGUGAUCCUAACUGAUACCAACGAACCCGAAACCGACGAAGACCUUCUCACCAAUGAUUAUGCUUCUCUCAGCGGCAGGUCGUCAGUAUAUGAUAGUUCGGAAGGGGGUAGAAAGCGACCCGAGUAUAGCCAGAAGUACCUACAUGAGCGUACAACAGAGCUAGCUGCCCUCACUCGACAUUUUGUCCAGGUGGUAUCUCCUUCUAUGGACUUGUUCGAUCUUGACACCUAUUUCAGUCGAAUAGUCCCGUUGAAGGCAGUUCAAAAUGUGAUGUUGAGAUCGGCCAUGGCGGCUGUGGCCGCAAAUCAGAUUGGCCAACUGUUGGCCAAAGGUGUCACCAAAACGGACCUACAACAUCUGGUGCCAUUGUUGGGUGAGAAUGGAGGUUUGCAAGACACUGAUUGGUUUUACAAGGCUGCAAAUUAUUACGACAGAGGAAUUUCAUAUCUAAGGAUUUUCUUGCAGCGGUGGUUGAGCGAUACCAGCAACGAGAUUACGGGAUUCACGUCGAAAUAUGCUUCUAGGAGAUUUUCUGAUGAGGGUAGCAAAGAGUCGUCAACUGUCAGCGCGCCAAACAAGAGACGGCGCAUAAGUGAACAGUCAUCGGCCGGAGCAGACAUGGAAGCCCUUGUCGCUGCCAUUUCAGUCUUCUCCUUAUACGAGUCGUUGGACAAUCCGACUAAGGACUGGUCACAGCAUCUCGACGGGUUCAAAGCUCUUCUAGACACCAAAAUUCUUCCCCAAGCUGUCACUACUCCAGGCCCCAAAGCUUCUCCAUUCAUCUCCAUGAAAGCCAGCCGAGCAGCCUUUUGGAACUUUGCUCGUGCUGAUUACCUAGCGGCUUAUAUCAACAGAUCCAAAACGCGACUCGACCCGGACAACUUGUUGAUGUGGAAGGCUUUAGGCUUACCAAUGACUGACGAUGGCACCCUCGUUUACAAUGAUCCGUCUACCCCACCGAAUUCCAUCGUUGCAUAUCAACCACGGGAUAGGGAAGACAUGGUGUCAUGCGCCUUGAUUUGGAUUGUUCUCCGAGUCAUGAACUUUCUCGCGCCACAAGACGAUAACAGCCCAGACAAUUCAGCAGGCACUCCGAAUGUCUUUGACAGUCCUGGCACACUAGGAUUUCGAACGCCCUCCGAAAGCGGAGGAUUGACGUCGGUUCAAGGGCGAAUUGCGCGGUGGAAACAAUUGCGUCGGCAACUCGAAGACUGGUACGACAACCUACCGUUCACCUUUCAGCCAUAUGCGAUGAUGGGAGCCGCGUCACAACACCCUUACGACCAACCUCGGGAAACGAGACCACGAUUUACGAGGAUUUUCUUCAGCGUUCCCAUGUGUGCGGCGGCAUUGCAGCUGUAUCAUUUUGCACAGAUACUGCUGCUGCUCAAGCAACCGGUGGAUGAGAGUGCACCGGGCUUCAUGGCGAACCGGAUACGAAUGUUUAGAAAAGUGUCGGAAGAGUCAGAACACCACAGCCGACAGAUCUGUGGUAUCGCUUUGGGGAAGCCGCCUCCGGCCGUGAGUCGGCAGAUGGUCCACUCGUUGCACCUAGCUGGACUGUGCUUCGAGGAGAGAGAGGACAGGUUGGUGGUGUUGGAACUUCUUGGUAAUAUCGAGAAGGAAACUGGAGCUUCAACUUCGCAAAGAGCUAGGGAAUUGAGAGAGGCGUGGGGCUGGGGACCUGAGGUUAGGGAGGUUGUUUGAGUCAAACUUUGGCGAAAUAAUCAUUUGAUGAAGCUGGCCUGGUAUGGGAUGACUCAUGAUUUUCGUGCUACUCUAAAAUGGACAGUGAACAGUGGACAAUGGACAAAGGAAAUUGUGGAUAUACAAUAUGAUGGCACGACGAUUCCGACAAAAAGUUGACUUGACGAUAUGAUUCUUGACGGGUCAAGAUCAGGAAUAUUGUUGUACCUAGCGUUUUGUGGAACAAGGGAUUUGAUGAUGGCUUUUACAACAUCCAUCGCUAUGAAGCUUGAAAUGAGAUUGUAUUUUCAACCGCGUCCUCUUUCCCUCCUCA